UAUAGUAAGUGAAAUAUAAAGACACGUGUUACCAUUCUAGGGAUGUAUACUGUCAUCUGUCGACGUAGAUACAACACAAGGUUCAUUGUCACAAGUACAAUUUGUUUUAUACUUUUAUUAGUUUAUUCUUAUUAUCAUGAUAUUGAUUCAGGAAUAUCUAACAUUUCAAAAAUUCGAGAGACAGAACGUCGUAACAAUGCUGAAAGAACUGUAAAUAAUGAAGCACAUUUCAAAAAUAUAAACAUAGGACAUACAUUAUCCUUAAACAGGCAAAAAACAACUAACAAAUCAUUAAUUAUCAGUCACGAGGACAUUGCAACAAAAAAAGCUCCAAGGGAAGGCGUCGAUUGUCCCGGAUUUUAUCCAUACCAAACUACAAAAUUCUCCGAAAUACAAAUGAGUGAAUACAAAGAGUUUCCGAAUUGGAUGCAAUUUCAACAAAAUAGAGAGGAAGAAGGUGUCAACUGUAAUUUUCUGAUUAAUGGUAAUACGACGGAACAAAAACGAAUCUUAAAAUCGAUGCGUCAUACAAAGUUUGAGGUAGUUCCUCCUUCAUUUUAUUUAAACAGAACCACAGAUUGUCAGCAAUAUAUAAAUGAGACUGGUUUUAUAACAUCAUCUUUGACAGAAGAAGAAGAAAACUUCCCUUUAGCAUAUAGUAUAGUUGUAUAUAAACAUAUAGAACAAGUUGAAAGACUAUUAAGGUCAAUUUAUCGUCCACAAAACAUUUACUGUAUUCACUGUGAUAAAAAGGCAGACGAUACUUUCAAGCAUGCACUUAAUGGAAUAACAAGUUGCUUUGAUAAUGUGUUUAUGUCAACUAGAUCUAUAAGUGUCAUAUGGGGAACCACUAGUGUGUUAACACCGGACAUGGAGUGCAUGAAGGAUCUUUGGAGACAUAAAAAAUGGAAAUAUUUUAUAAAUUUAACAGGUCAAGAAUUUCCAUUACGAACCAAUCUAGAAUUGGUGAGAAUAUUGAAGACUUACAAUGGUGCUAAUAAUAUUGAAGGAACAGUAAAAAGAGCGGAUACAGGGAGAUGGAAUGGUUUACCGCCACCUCCUCAUGGAAUUCGUCCAAUACAUGGAUCCGUGCAUAUUAUUGUCAACAGGAGAUUCGUAGAAUACAUUCUCUUUAACAAAGUAGCUAGCGAUCUUUUCAAAUGGACUAAAAAUGCUCCACAUGCCUCAGAAAUAUUUUUCAAUACUUUAAACUAUAAUCCACACCUAAAUAUAUCAGGAUCGUACAAAGGUGUUCCGGAAACAGACUGCAAAUCAAAUCCAUUUCUGACAAGAUUUAAAAACUGGGGUCCAGCAUCUCCUCUUUUUAACUGGCCCUGUCACGGCAAAGUAAUCAGACAAAUAUGUAUAUUUGGAGUAGGAGAUCUGCCAUUGUUAUCUAAAAGACCAGAAAUGUUCGCAAACAAAUUUUUCCUUGAUUAUCAGCCAUACACUCUCAAAUGUUUGGAUCAGCUGAUGUUUAAUCGAACUAGAGACGAAUAUUUCAAAGGCUUUAAACUUGACAUUGCUAAGUAUCAGUCAUUAAAUUUUAUUAAAAAUGCUAUAUAA